AUGGCUGCGGCAAUCGCCCUCAUCCUGGCUAUACUGGCCAUGCAGCCCACGCAGAAGGGCCUUCACCGCAGAGAUAUGGCCACAGACGAGCGGAUGCGUCAGCGUAAGGCGUAUCUGGAUGAGCAGACGACUCGGGUGAUGCAGGAGGUUGACCGGAGCUGGGGCACGUUCCUUCCCACGUUGCAGCAGUGGCCGCUUUGGACUGUUGCGGGGGCCCUGGUGCUGCUCGCUAGUGUCUGCUGGCUGGUCAGGAAAAUGAAGCUUGCCUCUGGCAGCCGCAGUGAGCAGGACAGAAAGGAGGAUGACGGGGAGGAGGAAGACCUCCAUGGUGCACUCAGCGGUGGCAUCUCCAUGGCUGUGUCCACCCCACCGCCAAUGCAGGACCUGCCUGACACGUGCGAGGCCCUGAAGGAGCUGGUGGGUGACCUCCUUAAGGUCUGCCAGAUACUGUGCAAGAGGAGUUUCUUGCCAGAGCUGUACCCAGCCACUGGGGAGGAGGGUGCCUGUGAAACCUGGAGUGUGCACGGGAACAGCAUCACCUACCGCCUGCCUGUGCUCCUGUGGCCACCCCCCGGGCACUCUUUCACCCUGGAGCCAGACACCGCGGGGCAGCUGCCAGAAGGGCAGCCCAGCAUCCGUGUGGGGCUGGAGUGUGUGUGCUUGAGGCAGCAGCUGCUGGGAGACGAACCGUGCUUGCUUCACCACCCUGAGGUCCAGCUGCCGAGAGAUCAGAAGUCAUUCCUCCUCUACACCCUCUGCACACGCUCCUGCCUAGACAUGGAUAAAGUCACCUACUGGGUCCAAGAGUUGGUGAAAGCAGCCUGGCUGCUUUUGCCUGAGUCAAGCCACUGCCAUCUAACGCUGCUGCCCUCCUUCAAGUCCUGCAGGUUCCAUCUGACAAGCAGCUCUGAGAUUGACAUCUGCACCGAGCUAAUUUUUGUGGUGCCUCCAGGUGCCUAUGGAGGCCUUGAGUAGGCGGAGGCCAGCUUCACCAACAGCACGCUACGGCCGGAGAGCUGUGCUGCUCUUGAGAUGCUUCUUUGCAGGUACGCGGCAAG